AGAGCAUGACUAGACUGCCUGCUUCCCCUCCCCUCUGUUUGCUCUCUGGCAAAUGCAGCCCGGCUGUGUAACAGCGUGAGCAGCGUCACAAGUCUCUCAGGGGACAGAAGACCACAAAAACCAUGCUGCAGUGAGAUUGUUGCAGUCAUGAACUCCACUGACACUCAGAAGGGGAAAGUAGCCAUUGUUGGAGGUGGUCUGGUGGGUGCUUUAAAUGUCUGUUUCUUUGCAAGAAGAGGGUUCCAAGUUGAUAUGUAUGAAGCCAGAGAAGAUAUACGCGUCGCCAGAGCUGCUCGGGGCAGGAGCAUUAACUUGGCGCUGUCUCACAGAGGACGCCAGGCCCUCAAGGCCAUUGGGAUGGAAGAGCAGAUUGUGGCCAAAGGCAUCCCCAUGCGGGCCAGGAGGAUACACAUGCCCUCGGGAAAAACAUAUUCCAUCCCCUAUGGAACAAAGAGCCAGUACAUUCUCUCUGUGGACAGAGCAAAUUUAAACAAAGAGCUGCUAACAGCUGCUGAGAAGUACCCCAACGCUAAGUUGUACUUUGGACACAAGCUGCUCCGCUGCCACAUUGAAUCAGGGCUAUUAACCUUACAAGGACCUGACCAAACACCCAUGGAAGUCACCUGUGACCUCAUUGUGGGAUGUGAUGGAGCCUUUUCUACAGUCAGAAAGCCGUUCAUGCGGCAAACUUGCUUUAACUACAGCCAUGUGUACAUUCCUCAUGGGUACAUGGAGUUGAUCAUCCCACCCAAGGAUGGGGACUUUGCCAUGGAAGAGAAUUACCUUCACAUCUGGCCCAGGAACACCUUCAUGAUGAUUGCGCUGCCUAACCUGGAUAAGUCGUUCACCUGCACGCUCUUCAUGCCCUUCGAGGAUUUUGAACGGCUCACGACAGGCGAUCAAGUGCUGGAUUUCUUCCAAACCUACUUCCCGGAUUCAAUUCCCCUCAUAGGAGCGCAAGAGCUGCAGCGUGAUUACUUUUUGCUGCCACCCCAGGCCAUGAUCUCUGUGAAGUGCUCUUCAUACCACAUCACCUCCCGGUGUGUGCUGAUGGGAGACGCCGCCCACGCCGUGGUACCAUUCUAUGGACAAGGCAUGAACGCUGGAUUUGAAGACUGCCUGGUCUUCGAUGAGUUAAUGGACCAGUUCCACAAUGAUCUCAGUGCCUGCCUGCCCAAGUUCUCCCAGCUGCGAGUGCCCGACGACCAUGCCAUUUCCGAUCUAGCCAUGUACAACUACAUAGAGAUGCGGGCACAUGUUAAUUCCAAGUGGUUCAUUUUCCGCAAGUACGUGGACAACUUUCUUCACCGGCUCAUGCCCUCCACCGUUAUCCCGUUAUACACAAUGGUCACGUUCACUAGAAUCCGUUACCAUGAGGCGCUGCAGCGCUGGAAAUGGCAGAACAAGGUGAUUAAUAAAGGACUCUUCAUAAUUGGGGCAGCAGCAGGCCUGGGUGGCAGCUACCUGCUCAUAAAGUGGGCAUCCCGUAAGUCUGACUCCUGCACAGAAAAGCUGUGGAGCUGGAUACUUCGUCUCAAGGAAACUGGAAGUCUCCCACCGGGAACACGACUGGCAUAAAUGCCAGGGGAGCGGUGGAGGGGACACCUGGCAAAGGCCUAGGCUGUAAACUCAGAGAGGUGACUAGUGGGAGGGACACAAAGGGGGCACCAGCUAAAGGGGGGCACGUAACCUCCCCAAAUGACUCCCACAAGUGACUCGUCCCUGCUCCCCACGUGAUCCCCCCAUGUGACUUGUCCCCACCUUACCCCCAGCCCGGGGGCCCUGCACUCUCCCCAUCUCCUCCCAUCCCACGUUACCUGGCAGGGAGGGGGGGCUCUGCUCCAGUCCCCCUGGCAUGUGUGGAGCCACUAACGCACUCUCCCAGGGGCAGCCUCCGGCCACGCUGCUUGCCGGGGACACUGCCCGUGGGGCGGCACACAGCGGCUGCUCUCUCCCGGGCAGCCUCCGGCCACGUUGCCUGCCGGGGACACUGCCCGUGGGGCUGCACACAGCGGCUGCUCUCUCCCGGGCAGCCUCCGGCCACGCUGCUUGCCGGGGACACUGCCCGUGGGGCGGCACACAGCGGCUGCUCUCUCCCGGGCAGCCUCCGGCCACGCUGCCUGCCGGGGACACUGCCCGUGGGGCUGCACACAGCGGCUGCUCUCUAUGGGCUGUCCCACACCAGGCAGCGUGGCUGGAAGAGGAGAGGCUCUGGCCCUGCCUCUUCCCUUCCAGCUCUGGCCCUGCCCCUUCAUCUCCCCGGCUGCCACCCCUCCCUAGAGUUUUGGGGAGGGUCAUGUGACCCUUCUCCCCCCCCCCCCGAGUCGCCAUAGGCAGUGCAGAGUGCUUUGAGAUCCUUCCAAGGCGCCACACAUUGGUACUUGUCUGAUGAGAGCUGCCUUGCCGCUUUGAAAUGCCGCUGCACCUCACAACCUGCAUCCCUGCUUCCUAGCCACUCGCUAGCCCAGUGCUCCCCUCCUGGGCCUGAACACUGCCUCUGGGUUGGCCUCUGGGGAGUUGCUUGUCACCCACCAGCCUGCUGAUUUUGGGCUAAAGCCGAGAUUUCGCCAGGGGUCCCCGUUGGCUGCGUUUGUAACCAUGAAGCGGGAGCCGUGCUUGUUAUUUUGAAGCUGAAAACGCUGGUCGACAAGUGUGGACAGUUCCACAGCAUCUGUGCCUGGAGCAAAUGGACCGAGCGUCAGGAAGUCCCUGUCUGGCAGGAUGUUCCCGAAUGAACCUCAUCAGACUCGGACUUCAGUACAGUCACGCUCACUGCAAGCCAUGUGUCUCCACGGGGAGGCUGCUGGCCACUCGGGAUGGGACCAAACUCCCAUUAGGACUUUCUGCAGAGAAAGCUACUCCAUGGUUUUCAAACUGGCGCUUACCGGGUCUCCUGGUAAGAUUGAAAGGCGGUCUGCAGGCAGGCAGCUCCCUGAUCAGAGAUCACUGUCGCUGAAACAGGUCAGUUCUGGUUCCAUCUGGAAAGUUUUCCUGCUAUUGAGUUUGUUCAGGACUCAAGGAUUUCCCUGCAACCCCAUCCCUCUGUUUGGAAGGAGGAGCACUAGGAUACACCCACCUAGGGUUAUCCGUGAUUCAGCAAGAGCCUUGGGCAUGUGGCUAACUCUAGGCAAAGUGGAGAGUCCCACUGAGUUCAGUGGGAUUACUCGUGUGCCUAAAGUCAGACACUGGCUGAAAUGAGGCCUAAGCGCUCAUGUAACACAUGGGAUUUUUAAUCCGUGAACUCCUGUUAUUUUGUCAUCCUUGUCUACCCAAAUAAAAGCUGUUUGAAA